UGCCUCCGCCCUUCUGAGAAAAGAGGAGGUGGUGCCGCCUUCGCUAUAAUCACGUGACGGGCGCAUCCGGGCCUUUUGCCUUCUCUCGCUCAUCCCAACAUGGCGGCCUCAGCUAAGAAGAAGAACAAGAAGGGGAAGACCCUGUCUCUGACGAACUUUCUGGCAGAAGAUGGUGGUAGUGGUGGUGGUGGUGGUGGUGCUCCCACCUAUAUUCCAAAACCAGUCAGCUGGGCAGAUGAAACAGAUGACCUGGAAGGAGAUGUUUCCACCACCUGGCAUAGCAAUGAUGAUGAUGUGUACCGAGCCCCUCCGAUUGACCGUUCCAUCCUGCCUACUGCACCUCGGGCAGCUCGGGAGCCCAAUAUUGACAGAAGCCGUCUCCCAAAAUCACCCCCCUACACUGCCUUUCUGGGAAAUUUGCCCUAUGAUGUAACAGAAGAAUCUAUUAAGGAUUUCUUCAGAGGACUGAAUCUGCAGAUAAGUGCUGUUCGUUUGCCCCGAGAGCCUAGUAACCCAGAGAGGUUGAAAGGAUUUGGAUAUGCUGAGUUUGAAGACAUAGACUCCUUGCUCCGUGCCUUGAGCUUCAAUGAAGAGUGUCUAGGGAACAGGAGAAUACGAGUGGAUGUUGCUGAUCAAGCUCAGGAUAAAGAUAGGGAUGAUCGCUCUUUUGGCAGAGACCGUGAUCGCAAUCGGGAUUCAGAAAGAUUUGAGACUGACUGGAGGGCACGUCCUGCUACAGAUAACUUUGAUGAUUAUCCUCCUCGCAGAAGCGAGGAUAGCUUUGGAGACAGAUUUCGGGACCGUGAUCGCUAUGAUUCAGACCGGUACCGUGAUGGUCCCCGAAGAGAUACGGAUCGCUAUGGAGGCCGAGACCGUUAUGAUGACCGUAGAGAGUAUGACAGGGGAGGUUUCGACUCGAGGUCAGGCAGUGGCAGAAGAGCCUUUGGCAGUGGGUACCGCCGGGACGAUGAUUUCAGGGGUGGCGGUGACCGCUAUGAGGACCGUUACGAGAGGCGGGAUGAUCGAGUGGAUAGGUGGAGCAGCAGCUCGCGGGAUGACUAUUACAGGGAUGACAGCCGGCGGGAUGACAGAGGUUCUACUCAGAGGCCAAAACUGAAUUUGAAGCCCCGGAGUGCUCCCAAGGAAGAAGAUACAUCUGUAGCCCCUGCAAGUCAGUCUAGCCGUGCAGCUUCUAUCUUUGGAGGAGCCAAACCUGUGGACACGGCUGCAAGAGAGCGUGAAGUAGAAGAAAGGCUCCAGAAGGAGCAAGAGAAGUUGCAGCGCCAACUGGAAGACGAUAAACCCAGGCUAGACAGGCGGCCCCGGGAACGGCACCCCAGCUGGCGUAGUGAAGAAAAUCAAGAGCGGUCAAGGACAGGAAGCGAAUCUUCACAGACUGGCAGCACAACUCCUUCUGUGGGGACUGGUCCAACAGGGAGAACUUCACGAAGGAGGGAGAGCGAGAAGUCAUUGGAAAAUGAAAACAUCGGCAAAGAGGAUGAAAGUCUUUCUCCAACCUCCAAGACUCCUAGAGAAGAGAAGCUUCCUUUGAAAGUAAUGCCAGCUCCUCCUCCAAAAGAAAAUGCCUGGGUGAAACGAAGCAACUCGCACCCAGCACGCUCGCAGAGCUCUGACUCCGAUCAGCAUUCCCCAACAAGUGGCAGUCAAGCUGUGCCAUCUGAAGAUGGAGUGUCCUCCAAAAGUGCCCCACGAAAAGGAGAUGAAAACAGACCUGAUGGGGGAAAGGAGAGUGUUCCAAAGGGCCGAAGAGGGAGCUCUGGCCGUGGUCCUGGAGAUGGAGGCAGCAGAGACCAUUGGCAAGACCUGGAACGGAAAGAAAGCAACGAGGAACAUGACUCGAGAUCUGCAUCUGAGCCAAAGAAAUUUGAAGAGAACCCUGUCCCCAAAUUUAGCUGUGCUAGCAAGUAUGCUGCUUUGUCAGUGGAUGGUGAUGACGAAGCUGAAGGAGAAGAGUAUGCUGACUAAAUUCUCCAUCCCCCUCCAUGUUGUCUCCUAACCGGUUGCCAUCCAGGAACUUUUGGAGAGCAAAACCAAACCUUUAUUCAGACAAGACAGAAAAAUAAAAGCCUACAAGUCAACAUCUCCUGGGAGAGACCUUUCUUAAACCUUUCUUUAAAAAAAUAAGAAAAAAUGAUAUAGAAUUUCUCUUGCAUGCUGCUGCAGCCUUUAAAGUAUUGAACUUAACUGGAGAAAUCCCUGCAAAAAAAAGUAUAGCAAGAGGGAAAAAAUGGCAGGUAUCUUUUUAAAAAGGAAAGAAAGAAAUAGGCCCAAUGUGUGUUUGAAUGUUACUUCACGCUGCUUCUAAUCACAUUCAGAGCCUCAGGUCCUUUCCAUUAAGAGCUAAGGUUAGUGCUUUAGUAGGCUAGUGUGUGAGUGCAUCGGGAACAUGGACAGCUAAACCCUGUCUCUUUCCCUCUUUUGGUAGCUUGAGUGGCUUCUAUAAUAUAAUCUCAAAGCAGUUAAUGCACUGGGGAGGGAAAGCAGUAUUACCUUAAUUAGUUGAAAGAAGGGACAAGUUAGCUUUCAAGUUAGAAGAUCUCCGCCCAACAGGUAUCUCCAGAGUUUAGGUGCAUGCCUUGCCCUUUUGGUAUGAUGGCUGGCUCCCCACCCCCCUUUCCCCCCAAAUCAUCUGCCUUUAGAAAGUGUUACUGAGGCUGAACACAAGGCCUUUGCUCCCAGGAUCCUCUUCCUGGAAGUUUUCAGGGCUGUAUCCCACCCACUCCAGAAAUUGGCACUACUGAAAAAUUGCUUCAGUACAGAAAGCCACUUUUCAUUCAGCUCCUAUGAUAUCAGCCUCCAUGUCAGUAGUCACUGUGCAGUGUUGGCACAGAGAGUAUACGGAUAGACCAUGCAGAAGAUAACUUUAUAUGUUUGAAGCUCCAUCGUUCUAAAUUUCCAGUAACCUUCCUAAAGGUACUGUGCUAUAUGAGGAAUGCUAGGGAGCAAUUUAAUUUUAGGGGAUUAUAAACUUUCCUUGAAGUGUUUUCUGUCCUUCUGUCCGCUUUUAAUCAUUGAAGGGCAAUCACUAUACUGUCACAAAGUAAUAGCACCUUUUCAAAUUUGGAGCACUCUUUAAAGAGAGCGGAGGUCGUCAAAAGCGGUGGAGCAUCUUCAUUGCAUCAUGUGACGGUUCAUUUCCCUCCUCUAGCUUAGGUGUGGUUCGGCAACUUGGAUAGCCAAGUUUUGACUUUCCUUUUAAUUUUCUUCAAAAAAUAAUAGGCUAUCAGAAGUUAAACUUGGGAAUAGGAAUUUCUGCCACUUGUUUUAGCAUUCUUUUAUUUUUCCGAGCAAAUGCAUAGGGGCAGAACGAAUUGCAGCACAGGGAACUGAAGCAGCACAAUGGUUUAUAGCCAGUUUACAAAUGCAUAGACACAUAGGAAGGAAGUAUUUGCCUAGGACUUGGCUGGAUUUUAUGAGAUGCGCAUGCAUUUAGCGGGGGCUAUUUUACAUAAUUUGGGGGAGAAGAACAUUGAUUUUUACUCUUGAAACAAUCUCAAGUUAUAUUAAAUUGAGGAUCCAGGCUAUUGUAAAAUUGGUACAGUUGAGGUCUUAUUUUCAUAACUUUUAAGCUACCGUUAAGUCAGCUUUUCGAAAUGGAAAGAGUAUUGUCAUUUCUCAACAAUGGGAGAUGGAAAGUGGGAUGAGACCUGGUGAAGGCAGUAGAUGGGCUUGAAAUGCAUGAUUGCUUUGAAUCUUUUAACAGUGAGGAGUUGUAUUAGAGAGAAACUGCUAAUUUGCAAAUCCCAGAAGCAUUCUCUUUCUUCCAGCAAUCUUGAAUAUUCUGUCUCUCUACUAUCAGGACAGGUUCAUGAGUGGAUUGAGGUGCGUUUUACACAUUCUGAAAAACAUGUAAAAUUUGUACAAAAUAUCUUCUAUGAAAAUGAUUUGUAAUCUGCAUGGACUUCCUGGGAGAUGUCUUUUAUUAUGUAAAAUUCCCCUCCCCACCCCUUCUUGGUUUUUUGUUUUGUUUUUCUCCAAAUAAAACUAAUCUUUAAAAUAA